AGGGUUCUUAGGGACACCACCAUGCUGGGCAGGAACAGCCUUUCCCUGAGCUCCAGCUGUGGGGUUUCCACCUCAGCUCUGCCUUCUCCGGUGUGAGUAAACCCACAGGGACCUCCAGGACAAGGAAGACACAAAGGCAGUGUCGCAUGACCCAGGAUUAGCUUGUCUCACCUACUCAGCCUCACCGUUGCCAGCUGACAGUAGGCAAUAACCCAUGAAGUAGCUUUGGGGGAAAUUCUGUGGGCCAGCUUGGACAAUUAGGGGAGAAAAAUCCAAAAAAGGUUGUACAAAAAGGAUAGAGGCGCUUUGGUUGCUCCUUCCCACAGCGACCCACAGAUGUCCUUUCCCUUGACCAGAGGCAAAAAAUCAUUUUCAUCUAUUUCCACGUAUCAGAAAUUUGGGGGUUAUUUGGCACGUUGCUGCACACAGUGAAGCGUGGGCAGCUUGGGUCAGAAGGUCUAGGCAGAACAGUUUUAACACAGAAUGUCCUGUGCCUUGAACCACUUGCCCGGCAGCUUGAACCACUCACUCCUCUGGAGCCAACUGCCCAGAGAGCUUCAGACCUUUCAAAACUCCAUUUUAUUUUUGACAGGCUUAGGUUUUGUAGAGGAAGAAAAAGAAAAUCUCUAAGUCCGCCUCAGGCCACAGAGAACCCAUUUGGACAUGUCUGUUUGCAGGAAGAGGUGUCCAAAAAGAUGCCCAAAGCUGUGCACAUCACAUUUCUAUUGCUCUUUGCUACAUAUUGACUGUUAGCAUGGCACCUACAGCUCACAAAGCUUUUAUUAGUAGGAGCUUGCAGUGCUCCCAGGGACAGCAAGUGCCUAGCAGGGCAAUAAGGCCUCAGCAUGUAGCACAGUAGAAAAUAAUCUUGGUGGGAAGGAGGUGAACAGGCACGUUGCCUGCUGCCAGGGAGGUGGGGAGCCUGCUGCAGCUGCUUGCCACAGCUCCUCUUCUCCAGGGAUAUCUUUGCUUCUUCUCAACAGUAAGUCACCCCAGCCUGAGCACUGAGCUCAACUGUGCGCUUGAAUACAGCACAUUGACACAUCUUUCCAUGGCCAGGGGAAAGCUAUGUGGCUAAAACAGCCAGACUCCUUUUCUGGGUUUUUUCAAGCAGCUCUAUGUCAUUGGACUUUGAGGUCCUUUGGGUCAAGGUACGCCUCUGCGAGGAGCAGUGCUCAGAGCUCCUGUUUCUAAUCUCAUCGGGUUUUUUCCCCCCCUGUUCUGUUGUGACGUUGCUGCUCACACAGCUCAGCUCCGGGCAGCAGCAAGAGGACGGUCAUAAGGGAACCACCCGGCACCACCUUGCCCAGCUAUUCAUCCUCUCUUGCAGCCCUGAGAUAAUGUCCUGGAAGGAGGAGUGUAUGAGUCCAACCUCAUGCUUCAUCCAGCGUCUGGACCACCUUGUGUUGACUGUGAAGAGCAUUGAGGACACUGUGGCCUUUUAUUCCAAAGUCUUGGGCAUGGAGGUGGUGACUUUCAAGGGAAAUCGCAAAGCUUUACAUUUUGGCAACCAGAAGUUUAACUUGCAUGAGGUUGGAAAGGAGUUUGAACCCAAGGCUCGGUGCCCGGUCCCCGGCUCUGCAGAUAUCUGCCUUAUCACACAAGUGCCCCUGGACCAGCUGCUGGAUCAUGUGAAGGCCUGUGGGGUGAUGAUUGAAGAAGGUCCCGUGGCCAGAACUGGUGCUGUGGGUCCAGUAACAUCCAUCUACUUCCGAGAUCCUGAUGAGAACCUGGUCGAGGUUGCCAGGUACCGCACAGAGGCUACUGCAGUCAGCGGAGGGCAACCCUAACCACCACCCGUACCCUGCCUGUGUCCCGGCAGCAGACAGAAUGCAGAGGCCAGGCUUUCGGUGGCUGCUUUACAGGUUCAAGCUUUGAUUUUUGCAAACCUAGGACAAAGCCUCAAAUCCCAGCCAUAAAAGUAGGGCUGCAUGAACCUCGAGAGAUUUCCCAAGGCAGCCUGCUCAGCUCUCACCCCUGGGUGUGAAUCCUACUUUUAUAAAUCACCAUCAACGGAGACUUGACGACCCUCUUGGAAGAUCUGUCCUGCUGCUGCUGCACUGAUCUUGUUGGGACAUUUUUCCUAAUGUCUGACACUCCUUUUACUGCAGUUGAAACCCCUCAUUUCUACACUGUCCACCAUGAACACAAAAGAACCUCAUCACAGGCACUUUUACACAGCUGAAGAUUUCCAUCUCCCUUCCUCUCCAUCCGCCUGCUUGGCUUGACUCAGGCUGGCUGGCACUGGUAGAUCUCACAUCAAGCUGGUGGUGACUGCUGCAACCCACUCCCUGCCUGGCAACUGGGAACUCGGCCUCGGUGUCUGACACGCAACGUGCUCCUGAGGCUGAAGCUCCGUGCCUCCUACUCAACUCUGCAUAAAUAGUUACAGGGUUCCUGUCACCUGGGAUGGGAAAAUGCAGAGAUGAGAUGGCUGCGUGGAGGGGAGAGGGUCUAAAGUCAGUGAGGUCACCCAGAUUUAUGCAGGGAGGAGGGGGAAAUAAGGUGCUGAGAAGACACUGGCAUCAGGCAGAACACAUUGGCACCCCUUGCAGCCCAGUCUGCUUGCCCUGUUUUCCCAGUAAGGCAACAACAGGACUUUGCUCCGGCCCCUGCACCAGCUGCCUGUGUCUGGCCUGCAGAUCCCGCUGCCAAGGGAAGGAUGCAGCCUUGUGCUGCACCUGGAGGGGUUUGCUCCUCCUUUCCAUCCCCAAGCAUGACACUUUCCUGUGGACUCUCUCUCUCAGUCAUUCAUUUUUGGCCCAGCAGCCUCCUUACAAAACUUGACACACACACACCCCCCCACCUUGGCAACAUGUCCAGAGCUUGGAAGAUCCUCUGGACCAGGGAGACUAAGGCCAACACUCUCGCCUUCCUCUACCCAGAAGAGGCAUCCAGAGCUGCUCCAGGAUGGUGCGGAGGGAUGCAGGACUCAUCCCCCUGAGGAAGGUUUGUCAGCAGAGCUGGGGCAGGGCUCCACCGCAGCACAGUCUGCUUGGACUCCGGCGGCCCUCCGUUACUUCUGGGACUGUCCCCUGCUUUCUGCUUUCUUGAAUUAUUUAAAAAGCAAUUCCUCAAUCAUUUAAAAAGCAUAAAACAAUAAAGAAGGACUCGGGGUUUUUCAAGGAGAGCAGUUCCCCAGCUGGCCACACUGCGGUAGCAAUGUUAUCAUCACAGAAACGGCACUGGAAGGCAGAGAGGACUCUUCUGACCUCUACAGUCAAAUUCAUCCCUAAAAUUGAAAUAAUCCCUGAA